AUGUCGGUCAAUAUGGAUGGCCCAAAGCCUUCUGAAGAUGGGUUUCGUUCAUCUAGGAUAUUUAUCAGCUCGUCCAUGUACAUUGCUUUGUUUGCUGAAACCUUCCUUUUUGGCUUCAUUGUUCCCAUACUUGGAUAUAUGCUUGAAGAUCGUCUGCACUUGGAUCCCUCGCAUACCCAAAGUCUCACCACUGCGCUGCUCACAAUCCACGGUUUCGUCUCUCUGAUCUCCGGUCCCAUUAUCGCCCACUUCGCGGACAAAACGCCAAGCAAGAAGAUCCCACUACUGUUUGCUCUGACCGGAUGUCUGAUAGGCACAAUUCUCGUCGCAUGCACUCCUUCACGACGAAUCAUACAAGGUGUCGCAGGAUCUGCUACAUGGGUUAUUGGCCUAGCUACGAUAACUGAUAUUACGAGCAAAGAUAAAAUGGGACAGGUAAUGGGCACUGCCAGAUCUUUCGCGUCAACAGGCGUCGUUGGAGGACCUAUGGUCGCCGGUGUGCUACUUCAGCUAUUUGGAUACUGGCCAGCAUGGUCCGUCCCGAUGGCGGUGCUUGUAUUGGACAUGGUCGCCCGCCUCACGAUUCCCAAUCAACUUAUCAGCUCCCCCAAGCCCGGUUCCUCUGCCACAGAAGUCACCCCAGACGAGACCACCUCCUUACUUUCUGAAUCCUCUACCAUUAAUCAAGCCCCCGAAGCUCGUCCAUCAUUUGCAGACUCUGAGAAUGCAUCGGGUCGCGGUUUUUACAGCAUUAUGCUUCGCGAUCCUAGGGUCCUGUCUAGUCUCCUAAACAGCCUGACCACUUCUGCCGUCGUUGCCGGGUUUGAUACCACUCUUCCAUUACAUGUGCGAAAUGCAUUUGGCUGGGAGAGCUUGCCUGCUGGUAUGAUGUUUCUUUGCUUGCAGAUUCCUGCCAUCCUACUGGGUCCUGUGGCUGGGUUGAUUCGAGACCGACAUGGUGUCCGAUCCGUUACCUUCUCAGGUUGGGUUAUUCUAACUCCGAUGUUUGUUCUCCUGGGCAUGCCUGGCGACAGUCGAUUCGCGUGGGCUAGUGAUGAAGCCGGGAAGGCCAUCCACCUGGCAUCCUUGUCCACGAUUGGCCUUUUCCUCUGCCUGGUGCGCGGUUCAGGUGGUCAACAAAUAUCAGCCCUUGCCAAAAACCUACAGGCCAAGAAUCCCCUCAUCUUCGGGACCCAUGGGGGAUCAUCCCGUGUUUCCUCCUUGUACGGGGUUUCUUUCAGUCUUGGAUUAAUGCUAGGACCUUUGAUAUGUGGAUCUUUAGUCGAUGCGGCUGGAUACUUCUAUAUGAACGUAAUAAUGGCACUAGUCUGCCUCGCCAACGGCGCCUCGUCCCUCUUCUUUAUGGAUGGCAAGUCCCCAAAGAAUGACAAUAAUGUGCCUGCUUGA